AUGACGCCACAACGUUUACUCUCGAAUUGUAAUUUGUCACUGGACAAAGCGGGGCCCAUUGGAUCAGAAGCAGAACCAGUAUGGAAGCUCCAAGACCCUGGCUUCGACCAGGGUUACGGGUCGGAACGGUCUCCAGAAGAUGACUACGUGCCACCGAUAGCUCCAGCGAUCUCAUUGGAAGCCUACGAGGCCGAACUUCGGACUGUCUACCCUUUUAUAAAUGAUGAGAACACAUUCACGGUGGUGGUCGAGAAAGAUGGUAGAGGGCUUGGCAUGUCAGUCUGCGGGGGAGGGGGUCUCGUGCGCAUACGCCGACUGUACCCGCCACAACCAGCGUGGCGGACUGGCAUGCUGGCUCCGAGAGACCUGCUGCUGUCGGCCAAUGGAGUACCCUUGGCUGGACUGAGCACUUACGAAGCUCUAGAAGUUCUUCGGACGGCGUCAGCGCGCGUCGAGCUACGAGUGUGCCGGCCGCCGCCGGACGUUCUCGAGAGCGUCACGCCGCCGGACCCGCCGACCCCGCCGGCGCGGACGCCGCACCCGCCGCACUUGCCGCCGCUUGACCCGCUCAACUGCCAUCCAAUGCACGCCAGACUGUCUCAAACGACAAGCAGCGCGACGACCUCGUCGUCCGAAGGCCGGGGCAGACGCGAGGCGAGCCCGGAGCCCGACCGCCGGGACCUACACCUACCGAACCUCGACCGACCGCUUCCAGUAUACGACGUGCAGUAUGGGGAGUUCGACAUAAUAAUGACGAAGGUCAACGGCUCGCUCGGGUUCACCCUUCGGAAGGAGGACCACAGCGCGCUGGGGCACUACGUCAGAGCGCUUGUGAGGGAGCCGGCCCUCAGCGACGGGAGGAUACAGCCGGGAGACAGGAUCGUUGCGGUGAACGACACACCAAUGUCGAACAUGUCCCACGCGGAGGCAGUGGCGUUCUUACGGGCGUGCGGUGCUGAGGUGAGGCUGCGCCUUUACCGGGACCAUGCAGCCACGCCAUUGUCGCCCAUGUCGCCUAAGGAAGAAGUACCAACUGACUCUGACCCACCACUGCUGAAUAGGCCUAAACCUCCUCUACGCCCCGAAGCAGUAUCAAUGCUGUGCGACUUGGCGGCGCGACGGCUGACGCCCGACGUGGACGGCUCGCGGUCCCCCUGCCUCUCGCCCCGCAAGUUCAGGAAACUGACCAAGGAUAACAACCACUACGAACAGCCGAACGAUGUUCCGUGCGCCAACAUAUCGGUUGAGCCCACGGAACGUCCCAAAAGCACCGCUGAGACGAGGCCACCGCAGCGAGCACACACUGUGACACUCGCCAGCCCCACUGCCCCACCUAGUAGAAAACAAAAGCUAAGCCUGACAGUACCCCCCCACGGCUACGAGCUAAAUAACCUGGAUAACGAUGCGCUGGACGCGCCCAACAUCUACCAGGAGGACAUGAGCCGGCAAAGGUACGCUGAGCCGGCCUUCCCAGUGGACUCUGAUGAGCCGGUGUCGAUGCCGGCAGAGCUGUCCAGCGACGAAGCCAAGUUCAAGCACACAAACCCCGCGUAUCAGAGCGCGGUACUGCACACGACUAGUAGUGACUGUGAAGCCAGCAAAGAAGAUAAUAUUGGUUUGAAGAAAUGGAAAGGAGUCGCGUUGUCCCCAGAUAACGAGCGGAAGAUGAAGGAGUUCCCUCCGCCUCCGAAGCCGAAGGAGUUCCCUCCCCCUCCGAAGAAGGACUAUGACGCCGUCCAGAAGGAAAAUGUGGAACCUCCACCACCGGUAGACGAGACAAGCACGGAACCGACGAUUGUGACAGUCGAACUGAACAGAGGCUGGAACAGUCGGCUGGGGUUCAGCGUACAAAGUCAUCCCGAGUCGGGACAAAGCUACAUCUCAGCGGUGUACAACGACAGUGUAGCGGCGAGAGACGGUCGGCUGCGGCGCGGUGACGUCAUUCUGCAGGUGAACGAUGAGAACGUGACUUCAAUGAAGACACCAGAGGUGAUAGACUUGCUCCGAAUACUGAGGGGAUCUAUCUGCAUCACAGUUCUAAGACCGCCUAACGCACAAUAAAAGCACAAAAGCACCCUAUCUCAUUAGCCACAGAGCUGAAUAUGAAACGAGACUUCACGCUGUAACGGAAGGCCUUUUGAAACAAAAGGCAACUGCGUCGUUGCUCUAGUGAUGUUGUUGGUGCGAUAAUCUAAUUAUCGAUAUUAAGUAAU